GAGGAGUUGGGUGUUGUCUCUCUCUCCGAGCUGAAGUCGGUCUCCCAGUCGACUCGAGAGUUAGCUAGUAACACGCUGCAUUACCUGGCCUGCCGCUGCCCGCCGUCCUCGCAAAGUCUGCGUAUAUCUCCGUCUAACGGUUCACCAUGGGAGUCGAAGGCUGCACCAAAUGCAUCAAGUACAUGCUCUUCUUCUUCAAUUUCAUCUUCUGGCUUGCAGGAGGUGUGAUCCUGGGUGUGGCCCUGUGGUUGAGACAUGACCCCAAGACCAGCAACCUGCUGGAGCUGGAAUUUGACGGAGCCCAUGCCCCCAGCACCUUCUACAUCAGUGUCCACAUCUUGAUUGCUGUCGGCGCAGUGAUGAUGGUGGUUGGUUUCCUUGGUUGCUAUGGUGCCAUCCAGGAGUCCCAGUGUUUAUUGGGAACUUUCUUCGCCUGCCUGGUCAUCUUGUUCGCCUGUGAAGUUGCAGCAGGAAUCUGGGGCUUCAUGCACAAAGACACUGUGUCGACGGAGAUGACUAACUUCUAUGACAAUGUGUAUGACAAAGCCAUGGUACAAUCAGUCAAUGACCAGGACAAGACAAAGGCUGCUGCCUCAGUGCUCAAGGUCUUCCAUGAGACGCUGAACUGCUGUGGAAAAGGCAAAGCGACCUCUGUGCUGACAAAAUUUACAGACCAGUUGGGCCUGACCAACCUCUGCCCCAGCUCUGGAGCCUUAGUUAGUUGCCACAAUAGGAUCGAUGAGUUGUUUUCAGAUAAGAUUUACCUGAUUGGUAUCGCUGCUCUGGUGGUCGCAGUUAUUAUGAUCUUCGAGAUGAUCUUUAGCAUGGUGUUGUGCUGUGGGAUCCGGAACAGUCCGGUGUACUAAAGCGAUGGGCUGCCAGUCUACUCGUCAUGAGGGAAGGACGGCCUUGCAGCGUCUGUCUCAUUCUCUUUCUUUUCCUUUUAUAAGCAGGAAACGUCACAUAUAUUGCUUGCUGGAUUUAGUCAGCUCCUUGAGAAGACAACAUAAAUCAUCCUCCUUUAAGCGUUUUCAUUACACUGUCAGAUAUUUUUUGUUGUUGUUGUUAGUCACACAUGCUGUUAUGCAUAUUUAACCAGUGCUAUCCUAACCUGAUACGUAGAUAUGAUAUCACUGUGUCACACCUGAGUUACACUCACCAGUCCUGGUGCUCUAAUCCUUUAGUGAUUCUUUAGUUGUUUAAUGCUUUCUUGCUUAUGAACAUGCUCUUAUAUUCUUGGUUUUAUUCAUGUUUUUUCCACUGUUUUAUGUAUAAACUGUAUAUAAAUAUAUAUGUUAACAGUGCUUUAUGACUGCCUGAGCAUGGAUAUUAUAUUACAGUAGAUCCUUCUUCUGUAUAUUUCCUGCACUCUGCUUGUUUGUCUUGCCCUAGACUGAACCAGAGGAUGGCAUAUAUAACCAGCGCUAUUAAAGCACUAGUGUUGGCCUCACCAUAUAUGCCAUACAGGUGAACACCCUGCAGGAACUGACUAACGAAGGAGUCUCAGUUGUUCUGGCUGUUGAUUUGUCUCUGGUUGUUUGUCAUUCAUCGCUUUUCCAAAAGUGAUAAGAGCGCUCAGUUGUUGGACAAAUUUUUUCAGUAGUCGUCGCCAGAUUUCCUUCGACAGAAUUAACUUGUAUGAAGGUGAAUCUAGUCCUGUAAACACAAACGAUACCUAAAAACACAAACUUCUUCUGCUUGGCAAGUUUGCCACAGCCUACACUUCUCAAUCAUCACCUUUGUUGUCAAAAGAUUUUGAAUAGCGUGGUGAAAAGAAAUGGUAAUCCAUUUGCAUACAGAGCAAGUCUGAUUGUAUUAUUGCUUCCAUGCAAUUCUAAUUACCUUUUAAUUAAAUUAGCAACGAAAGCAAACGGAGAAACAGAAACCAUGCGCGACUGAAACAAAGUUGUUCUGCCUCGGAAAUCUGUCUGAAAUGUAUCUGGAAAACCCUUUUGACGUGAUCUUUGUGCAAGUAGAUUUGAAAGAUUAAGACAAAUCUAAAAGAGACGAGUACCUGGCGGUUCAGCUCUGGAGGAAAUUGGCACGGUGAAGCUCCAGCCUGCCUCUGCAACAACAAAAGGAUCCUUCGUUUGGUGUUCCGGAUCAGGGGUGUCUUGUCUGGUUGAGUCUAGUCCCGUCUCAUCUGACAUCUUGUUGUGUCAUUGUCCUGUCCCACCAGCCUCACACCCUACUAACUCUACACAAUGUCCCUGUUCAUGUAAUAACUGCUCCCUGUGCAGGGCAAGAACAGGACAAAAGCAGCUCCCCCAGUGGUUUGCACUAAGCUUCUUGCCCCCCCCGCUCCUGUUGCUUAGAUGUUGGUUGGGCCCUGUAUGCACCUCAAAACCAGUUUGAGCUAGCGUGUUUGUGUGCACGUACAGAACUAAGAAUGGACACAAUAUCAUGACCACCAGUGAAAUCGAGUCAAAAUAAGUCCAAGCUGGAUCUAUAACGCAGUGAUCUCUGGAGUUUUGUCACUGCGAGGUGGUCAGACUGUCAGCAGAGACUCCUGGAAGCCACUGAAUUCAACCAAGUUACAGCUCCAGCACGGAGCCCCCCUUAAAACAACUCGUCUCACCUUGAAAUUAAAAAUCAAACAUUUGUCAGUAGGACAGAUGAGUGUUUUCCAGAGCUGUGUUAGAUUUGAAGUGUUCAUGAUGUUGUGUCUACUCUCUUUGAACUGUCUCAGGCUGUUUGCAGUAGUGAUAUAUGUACUAGCGUAUAACGGCACUGUCACAACCGCCACAGUGUUGACGACAAAUCCGUUUCAAGUGCCUGCUGACGUUCAGGCCGUCAAGAAAGCUCCCACCUGGAAACUUCACAUGCUGUUUGUUCAGUCCAGCAGGGCAUCUACUCCACCACAUGAUAGGCUCAACUAUAUUUUGCCCUGAGGCCGCUGCUGACGCGAGCGCACCGCAAAGCUCCAAGCUUCACGGGUCACGAACACGCUCACAUUAAAUCAUAUCAUCUUGUGUAACCUUCCUAACGUUUCAUAACUGAGAACCAGUAAAAGUGUCUUGUAAUAUUUACAGCUCUGAAGUAUUGUACUAAUGAAAAUCAUGAAGGCUGUAGAAAGACAAUGUAUGCCUUUUUUUUUUUUUUUUUUUUUUUUUUUUUUUUUCCCCCCUUCUUGUAUUGUGGUAUCUUUGUCCGGUACGUUGUCAGAGGAGUCUAGGCAGAGAUGGAGGAGGAUUUCGUGGCAGUGCAGACUGAGAGGAAGUCAGACCUUCAACACAUCAGCUUAGUUGCGCCUCAGAAUUAUUAAAAAAAUAUGACAGAAUUAGUGAGUCCAGUAUUACCCAAUGGCGUGGGCACUGGCUGUGUUCGUCCGACAGAGUUGUCCACGUUGUUGCCCUCUUGAAUUAGAAACUGACAUUCAGGACCCACUGCCACUUAAAUCUUAACCCCUCUCUACCCUUGUAGACUUUGGUUUGCCCAAAUAUAAAGGGAUUAAAUGUAUUUUACAAAUAAAACAUUCAGGUGA